GAGGGGGCGGGGACGCGCUGCCCAGCAGCGUUGCGGUCCCCGCCAGGCGCACCUGUCCCCGCUGCUCGCCGUCGUCGCAGCAGCGCUCGCCGCUUCUCUCUCUCCACCUCGAGUAUCCCGGAGCCAGCGGCUCGCGAGGGCGGGAGAGGGCAAGCCUAGGGAAGGCUCUGUCCAGGCCGGCGCAGGGGGCACAGUCCGUGUGGGUCGAACCGCGAGGACGUCGCUGCGGCCACCAUGGUAGCCACUUGCCUGCAGGUGGUGGGUUUUGUCACCAGCUUCGUGGGUUGGAUUGGCAUCAUUGUCACAACGUCCACCAAUGACUGGGUGGUGACCUGCAGCUACACCAUCCCCACCUGCCGAAAAAUGGACGAACUGGGCUCCAAGGGGCUGUGGGCCGACUGCGUCAUGGCCACUGGUCUCUACCACUGCAAGCCCCUGGUGGACAUCCUCAUCCUCCCGGGCUAUGUGCAGGCUUGUAGAGCCCUCAUGAUUGCUGCCUCGGUUUUGGGCCUGCCGGCCAUCUUGCUGCUGCUGACAGUUCUCCCCUGCAUCCGAAUGGGCCACGAGCCUGGAGUGGCCAAGUACAGGCGAGCCCAGCUGGCUGGGGUGCUCCUUAUUCUGCUGGCUCUCUGCGCCAUUGUCGCCACCAUCUGGUUUCCUGUAUGUGCCCACCGCGAGAUCACCAUCGUGAGCUUUGGCUACUCGCUGUACGCGGGCUGGAUCGGUGCUGUGAUGUGCCUGGUGGGUGGUUGUGUCAUCGUCUGCUGCUCCGGGGAUGCACAGUCAUUUGGAGAAAACCGUUUCUAUUACUCUUCUGGUUCCAGCUCGCCAACGCAUGCCAAGAGUGCCCAUGUCUAAGAGGGCUGCUCCACUGCCCGCCGAGGUGCUGUAAAUGCUGGGCCUGGGCCCUGGGUUUGCUCGCCACAGUGGGGAGAAGCCCACUUCCCUGCCAGGCACUAAAGCCAAAGUUCUAGAAAGUAUCCUGCCUGGCAUUUUGCAGUCGUAACACCCCCACCCACCCACCACCUCUUGGUUGCUUUUCAAAGAAAGCUCUCCCUCAGAAAAUGCCCACUUAGUUUUCGCCUGGUGUUGCUCUUUCCUCGGGCAUUCCAUUGUUGUUGAUUAAAAAAAUAUUUUGUUUCUCUCUUAAAUUCAAAUGUCUUGGGAGCAUUGCUGGCUUGGGUGUGGAUUGGGAGAGAAAUAAAAGACGCUUUUCAAAGGGUUACCAACGACAAUGGAAGCCUCAUAGAGACAGCGCCCUUCUCUCUUUAGGCUUAUUUUCAAGGUCACUUACAUAUAAGAGAUAGAAACACAUAGACUUGGGAACACGGGUGGGAGGGGAGCUCGGAACUUUUCCUCCGUGGGAAAGCUUCCUUUUUAUAAGUUGAGGGGUUGGGUCUCUUUUUUUUUUUUUUUUAGUUUGCGAUUUUACAUUUUUCUGUACGUACUUUUUCAAGAUUGAUCAUUUUUAUAACCAUGGAUUUCCUGAAAUUCUCAGUUCACCAAUAUGAAGGAAAUGAACCAAGCAGACGUUAAUAUGCAAUAAAUAAUAGUACGAAGAUUAUAACUUUAACUGACUGCCCACGGUUUCCAGGUUUGUAUACUGUAGUUUUUAAUUCUACGGUUGUGUAUGCUUCAAAUUAACACAUUUAAAAACCUUUUUUCCCCUUCUAUCUCUGUCUCCAUUCUGUUAUCGAUCUUGAAGCAGUAUUGUUUAACAUAAGUUGUACUGUUGAAUUUGGCUUCAUGGGUGUAAACACUGAUGGUCUGUCAGUGUCUAAGACUGGACACUGAAAGCUCGGUCCGGUGCAUUUGUUCAGGUAAAAUCUGUGCAAUAAAAUAACAAACUGUCUCCAAA